ACCUUCGUUAACUGGAAGGAAGCACGGUUGACUUGGAGUUUCUUCAAACAAUCCUUCCUGAAACAGAUUUUGACAGAGGGUGAACGAUAUGUGAUGACUUUCUUGAACGUGUUAAAUUUUGGAGAUCAGGGUGUAUAUGAUAUCGUGAAUAAUCUUGGUUCACUGGUGGCCAGGUUUAUCUUUUUGCCUAUUGAGGAGAGUUUUUACAUCUUUUUUGCUAAAGUGUUGGAAAGAGGGAAGAAUGUCAAGGAUCACAAGCAGGAUGAUGUCGCUAUGGCUGCAAAUGUAUUAGAAUUGCUGUUGAAACUUGUACUUCUGAUUGGCCUUACCAUCACAGUUUUUGGCUAUGCCUAUUCUCAGCUGGCGCUGGAUAUUUAUGGAGGCUCAAUGCUUAGUUCUGGAACAGGUCCAGCUCUGCUCCGAUGUUACUCUUUAUAUGUCCUAUUUCUUGCCAUCAAUGGAGUAACGGAAUGUUUUACCUUCGCCUUGAUGUGCAAAGAGGAGGUAGACAGGUACAACUUUGUUAUGCUGGCCCUGUCCUUCACAUUUCUGUGCAUCUCUUAUUUCUUGACCUACUGGCAUGGCAGCGUAGGCUUUAUCCUUGCCAACUGCUUCAACAUGGGCAUUCGGAUAGCUCACAGCAUCCACUAUAUCUAUGACUACUUCAGAGAAAGCCCUUACAGGCCUUUGGCGGGCCUGCUUCCCUCACCGUUUUUGGUACUCGUUUAUAUCCUAAGUGGAACAAUCACUGGUUUCUCAGAGGUAUUGUUCUGCUGCGAUAAGGGCUGGAUGGCAAGGCUGAUUCACAUCAGCGUGGGGGCUCUCUGCUUUGCAGCAACCAUCGCUACUAUGUUCUGCACAGAGACCAAGCUGCUCCACUUUGUCAGAAGCCAGUUCCUCUCCCGGUACAUGAAGAAAGGAACAUGA